AUUAGACACAGAAGCCCGUUAAGGGAAAGCCUCUUCUAUUCCGUCCACAACCAUUUGAGCCAUUUGAACUGGUGACCUUCAUCUUGGAUUCAAAAGUGUGGGCUACACUCACUUGAAUCGAGAGUUGUUAUGAUUUCACUCUCAGUCCGCAUUUAGAAUCCUAGAGAACUUUUCUUACAAUAAAGACCUGUUUGAAAAAAUGCUAUAGAUAGACUGUUUAGUAUUCACUUAGCUGUGUGUAAUAUAUGUUACAUUCGUUAUAUGACCCCCCAAAAAAACAUGGAACCAAACGAAUUCCUUAUUAGUUCACUAUGCCGUUCAUAAAAGAUUUCAUGUUACCUUAGUCUGUCAACUUAACUUUAUUUCAAAUUCAAUGGAAACUUUUGGUUACUCAAAUACUUCAGCGUUUCAUUCUUUAAUAUGAGGAACCAAUCAACCCUUGCUGAGAAUGUGGUCAUCAUUGAGCCUGGUUCUUUCCAUUUACGAAUCGGCCGUGCUGUAGAGAUAUUGCCCAAACGGUUUCCACAUUGCAUUGCCCGUAAACCCAAACCUAACGUUUCACCUUGUGUUGAACCUAUUAUCAAUCGACAGAAAGCUGCUUGUGACUCAUCCUCUCUCCAAGAAUCAGUAAGCAAAAUUAGAUCAUUUGUAAAUACAUUGUUUAAUUUGAGUUACUCACCCGAAUUGAGUGGGUUACCUGCCGUCACUCCAUCUAGAUUGGAGCACACUGAAACUGAAGAUACAAAACUUUUUGAGUGGGAGUCCAAUACACCUUUAGACCAGGAAUUCUAUGCAUUGAAUGAUGCUUUUAAUCGUGGUCUCAAAGAUGGUUAUCAUAUUAAUUGGCCUAUGCGUUAUGGGUUUUUAUCGACAUCUGUAAACUACAGCGCCAUACUGCAAGAUCUGGAAGACAUUUGGUCUACAGCUUUGGAAAAACAUAUUGGUAUUGCGCGAUCGAAUCUUAGUAAUUACAGAGCAAUUCUAGUGAUCAAUGAUGUAUAUAAAAGAAAUGAAAUACGUUAUCUAGUUCAUUUACUACUCAACCGACUAAAAUUUGGACGUGUUUUUGUACAUCAAGCUAGUGUCUGUGCUACCUAUGGCAUUGGCUUACCUACUGCUUGUGUUAUCAAUAUAGGUGAACAAAAAACCAGUGUAUCCUGUGUAGAAGAUGGAGUGGCCCAUACAGAAACUCGCAUCAUCUUACCGGUUGGACGAAGUGAUGUCCUACGAGUAUUCCAUUCUCUUGUACUACCUAAUGGAUUUUGUAACAAGGAAGGUUGCAUUGUGUAAGUUUAUGAUAAUAAGAGGUUUGUCUAGUGGUUUUUACAUGUCUGCCGUACUCCGAAAUCUCUUUAGAUUAAAAAAUCAUAACUACACUCUUUGAAUAUAAUACAGAACCGUAAUCCUACAUCUAGUCUGUUAGUUUUUAAAACUGGAUCCAUCUGUUCCUUUUAAUAUUUGAAAUAUUAUUAGAAUUCUAAUAUAAAGUUACCAAUCAUCCUGCUUUAUGUGUGUUUGUUUCACAACAAUUGAAACCAACCAUAAUAUGUGGAUCAGUAUAUCCUCCACUAACUUUAUAUUAUUGGGUUUGUUUCCGAAAUCUGUCAGAAGUGUAGUACCAAAAUAACCUCAGAAUAAAAUCAUAUAACUGUCUAUUACACUUUUAUUUCUAAUGGUUAUAUAUAUAUAUAUGGUUGGAGGUAUUCGGGAAGAAACCUCAGACCUAUGUUUCGCCCUAGUUGGCACUCGUCAACAAGGCGUACUUGCAAUCUUGAAGCUUUUAAGAACCCGAAUAGCUCAAUGGUAGCAUCUCAGACUGUGAGACUGGAUAACUCAAGCCAGUCAGUCGCAUCGUAAAACCUGGAUCUAUGUACAGCGGCUCAAGCUUCCACACCUCAUUAGUACAGCAAGAUGAAAUGGUUAUCGCAAAUCCCAGAAUAGCGGAGGUAUUAGUGGUAAUACAAAAGAUUAGGCAUCGAGGACAAGAAUCAAUAAAAUAUGAACUGGCGGAAUAAAAAAAUAUAAGGAAUUCAGAAGCUUAGAAUCUGAGGGGAAACAAAGAAUGGAUUUACCUGCAUCAUCGCAAACAAUUGAAGCCAUGCCACUCAAAGUCUUUAACCACUAGUUACGAUAACCACACGAACCCCAACCUGAUUGUUUACGUCUGUCAACAUAGCUCAUUCCAGUUGUAUGUGACUUCAUAGGCUGGUGUUGUUUUUGAUCUAGCGCCCCAACCUUUCUCCCAGCCUACUCUCAAACUAUACAACAGUAGUCAAGGUAUGCGGUGGUUGGGACAUGUGUUACGUAUUCCCGACCACCUCAGUUAAGGACUUAUUAUUAAUGAAUUUAUUCACUGUUAUAUUUUGGUUCAAUAUAAAGUUAAGUUCUCAGUACGAGGUAUUUCAACAAGUUUCGUUUACAAAACAAAAUCAACUGGCCAUCUUUAUCGAGUACCCUAACCCAUGCAUUCCUUACUCGGUGAUCCUGAAUACACAAACAAUGCUCAAAUACUAUUAACCUACAAUUAUCAUCUAUUCUUAAUGGCCAUGUUUCACAUUUAUAAAGUAGAACGGAGCAAACUAUUGUGCAGUAAACUUAUCAUUUGGUUGGUAGAUGAAUAUUUCGCCUGCUCUGCAAGUGAACAUAAGCCAGUCGAGCUUUCUGAAUACAUGCCAUGCCAGACGUCAGCUCACCAGGACUGAUAAAGCGGUAAUACGCUCAACUACUCCACUCCCUAUCAUUAAUUUAGGUUUUGAUGCAGGUUAGCCGUGAAGCAACAUUUCGUAUUUAAAGGGAGAGAGUCGGACCCCAUACAUGCUUUUAUCGUUGAUUAGGGUGGUCAGCAGGCUAUCAUCAGCGUCUUCACCAAACAGAACUAUAUCUGCGUAUUCGAGCCAUAAUCCUACAGUAGCCAUCACUUCCUCAAUAUCCCAUUAACGUCUUGCUGAUGAGUGUCAAUUAGCACGAAACAGGUUCCGAGUUUCUUAAUGACUACUUCUAGCCACCUAACAUCUCAUCAUAGUUCACACGAUGUCCAGUUACUCAGACAAGUAACCAUAUUGUGAAGUAAUCGAUAAAUUCAUUCAAGAACAAAGGACCAGACAUUAUAUAUAUAUAUAUAUGGCAUCUAAUAUUUUUUGUCUCAGAUUUUAUUCAGACACCGUCAUAAAAAUUAAACAAGAUUCAAGAAAUUCGGAUAUUUGACAGAAUUCAUCAAGAGGGAAGUUUACACUGACUGGUUGGGUUUUUUAAUGUAGAAAUAUCUUUAUAUUUAAAGUAGAAGUGGUUCAACGAUUUAAUCAUGAACACACUCAACUUAAACUACCUGGGUUACAGGUUCAAUUCAGCGCUACCUACCCCAGUUUGGGCAGCUGGAUAAUAUCCUUAGCACUAAUAAAUGACGUGUGAUUCAUAGCCGGUUAAAUUAAUUGUUGAGUUGGACCAAGUUUCAGAAUUGUCUUCUGAGAUUAUCUACCAUUAAUAGGCGCAUUAGGAUAUUAAAAACUUUGUACAAAAUCAUUUCAGUGUUUCAAACGAAGGAUGAGUUUAUCACUCAUUGUGCUAUUUUUCCUCAAGAUACCCGUCAAUGAUAUCCUAGGAACAAAGUGACGUUGUAGAUUUUAUUACUUAAAGAAAUUUCUCCCACUCUUCUAGCGCAAAUUCGUUUUGGAACAUUGUUAGUUCCGGUUGCAUAAUCGGAUCACAGAGUAUUAGUGUAGACGUGAAGCAUAACUUACUAGGCAGAAGUAGUCAACCGAUUAAUAAUUCUAUAAACUCAUUGAAUAAGGCAAUCAAAACAUGUUAUACAUGUUCAGCCAUCUAUCUCAAUGUUAUAUGCUUGUUACCAUAAGUGUUUAAAAAUAGUUGGAUGGUAGUUUAACCAAGAAACGGCAUAAUAUACUUGAAGUCAGUCAGUCAUACGUAACGUAGAUACUGGCGCGUGUGCACAUCGGUUCAAAUUGACACGCCAUUUGCACAGGAAGAUGUUGUUAGUGUAAAUCCCAGAAUAGUGGAGGCAGUAGGAAUAUUAGUGGUAGCAAAAAGGUCAGGUGUCAAAUAUAUGAUUUGAGGAAAUAUGGACUAGUCGGAUAGGAAAUUUAAACUUCGUAGUUGUAGCCUAUUAAUUUUAAAAGGUAGUUGGAAAAUCUAAGUCAAGUGAUAUGCAGUUGUAUUCAUUCUUUGCCUUCCCCCUUCUAUCUUGAGCUUAGUGCCAUCUCAUCCUUCAAUAAGGUUUUUUCUGGAUUAUAUUUUCUGAUUAUCCAAAUAUACUAACAUUAGUCUUAUUAUUGCGAUUCCUUUGCUUUCCAUCUUUUUAAUCCACUGUACUGAUGUGAGCUAAGUUGGUUUACACCAGUACGUAUGUCUUAGGCCAUGUGUGGUCUAUAAUAUUAUUGCCAUUAUGUAAUCUGUAAUGUUUUAUAUCGUGUCACAUGUGAUUUCACGAUCGUGUGUAACUUGUUUAUUUGUACAUACACAAACUUAAAACUGAUUUGGUUUAGGGAUUUAAAAUAUGAAUAUCUUUCUGACGUGGAAGAUUUACGCACACUUAUGGAGAAUUCGGUCCAAUGUACAAUAAGUUUACUAUGUCAAGAAAACGAGAAAAAUAAGCUCGAUCAAGAAAUCCAAUCGAAAGCUAACGAAUCGUUAUUAAAUAAUGAUUGUUAUAAUAUAACACUUCAAUGGACACAUAAACAAAAUCAAUAUGAUAUUUCAUCUCUUCAUCCGUCUACAGUUCUAUUAUCACAUAUACUUCCAUUUGCUUGUAUUUCUUCAUGUGUUCCACCAAAAGAAAUCUAUUGUACAUAUCAAGUACCUUCACUACAAUCAUCAGAACCGGAUGAUCCUUUUGAUGAUAUGUAUAUAUCUUUGACAGCACGUGAACGUCGUAAACGUGGUUUACCGAAUGAACAUCAAUCAACUAUUCUACCUAAUAAUGAACAACUGGAAACAGAAAUAGAUGUUACGGAACAGGUGGCUCCAGUAGACAAACCCCUUCCACAAAAACCUAACUCCUUUGAAUCCCUUCCAGAGGCAGUUUGGUGGAGUAUCAGUCAGUGUGCAAACUUAAUUGGUUCUCAAGUAGGGUCAGAAGUUAUUGUUCAAACCUCUGGUCUUGCACCCGGAAAGCCUUCUCAAAGUUCAAGCUCCGUAAGUGACGAACUACGUCGACGUUUGUUAGGAUGUAUUAUUCUUACUGGUGGAGGGGUAGCUGGUGUUAAUAAUCAAAUAAUGGAAAGAUGGUUGACUGAGCAGCUAACUGUAAUAGCACGGGAAAAACAAGUAGCAACAACCGUAUCAAGCCACAUACCAACAGUUGAAAUCAUUCAUCACUCUGAACCUGGAGACCUCUCUUGGUCUGGUGCUAGGUUGCUACUUACUUCUGACUUGAUGAAUGACUUGUGGAUCACACCAGUCGAAUGGAACAAAUUUGGUUCGAGAGCUCUUCGUGAAAAAGUACCCUUCCCUUGGUGAUUUAAACUAUAAAUUGUAGAUUUAUGAACGCAUCUGUGAAAUUUCUCAUUCAUGUUAUCAAAUGCAUUUAUCCCAG